AUGGGCGGUUGCGACUCGAAAGCUUCGAAAGGCAGCACUUCGAAGCCCAAGGCGAAGCCACAGAAGGUGAAGAAGAAAAACCUCAAUCCAGCAGACUAUGUAUUCUCAAAGCAAACGGAUGCAGUCCUCAUCAAGAAGGAGGGCACCAUCGAUGGCGAGCAAUUCAACCUCGAGGAAUGCAAGAACUGUGACAUCUUUCUUCUUGACACAAUUGCCACGAGUUUUGUUGACGAUUGCCACAAUUGCCGAGUCUUUAUCGGCCCGGUGGAGACGAGCGUCUUCAUCCGCAACUGCACCAACUGCUGCUUUGUGAUUGCCUGUCAACAGUAUCGCUGCAGAGAUUGUCAAGACUGCAAGCUCUCGCUGUACUGUGGGACAGAGCCCAUCAUCGAAAGCAGCCAAAACAUGCAAUUCGCAUGCUUUGACUUCAACUAUUUUUCUCUGCGCGGCCAAAUGGCGCGGGCUGGACUGAAACCCUGGAACAACAAGUGGUGGAUGGUCUAUGACUUCAACAAGAACGAAGACAAGCCUAACUGGGGGCUCUUGAAUCAGGACGAGGCGAGCAGCCUCCUCCGGCGCGAGGCCUGUGCUGCAGUGGUGACCCCCGAGGAGCUCGAGAACGAGCGUGUGGUGCCCAUAACUUUGGGCAGCCGGCCAUGGCCGACGAAGGAGACCAGUUUCGUUGUGUUUCUACCGGAUUCAGAGACCUUCGUCGAGGCUUUCCUUUCGAAGGCAACAGCGAAGUGGUCGAUCUGCCGGGCAAGGUCAAUGGUGCUGCAGGAAGAGCAGCUGAAGACGUUUUUUGCUUGGGCCAAAGAGCCCAAGUUGGCCUCAAGAUGCAAGGCCCAGGAGAUGACGGGCAUCCAGGUAUGUGGCCAGGAUGUCCAGAAGCAGGUUCAGGAUGCCUUAACCCUCACGGGAAUGGCCACGGGCGCGAAGAACAUCCGGAUCAUCCCGGAGAAGGAGACUGAAGCCUUGGCCAAGAGCUUCUUCGAAACAUGGAAGGACGAGGUGUGGCUCCGCGGUCUGAAGCGCUUGCAGCUGGCUGGUGGUCACAUGCCCAAAGUAGACGACCUCCAACGAGAGUUGAAGCUGGAGACCUCGGACGCGAUGCAAGACCCCUUGCAGUCUGGUCCUACCACCCCCAAGGGAGCUGCUUCUGCACGUGCUUCAAACACCUCAAGCAUGUCGGCACUGCCGGGACGCAGGUCUCCCAGCGCCGAUACGUCUUUUGGAGCCGAGGCACUGCCGCCAAAUCCAUCGCAGGUCCGUCAGCUUGCCAAGGAGAAUGCAGCCACACUUGACAGGCUCCGGGCAGAGAACGCUCGUUUGCGGAACCUCUGCGCAGAAAGGGGUCUCGAGGGCGAUGGCUCCCCUCGCUCUCCUCGCAGGGCUCGCUCACGGCCCAAGGGCACAGAAGCGCAGCCGCUGCGGUCGCUGCUUUCGCAACGUCCUGCAGGCCAACCAAUGUUUGCAACUCCUCGAAGCCAGGAUGGCGUAUGCGCAAAGCCGGGGCUUCCCGCAGGAGUCUUUCCUGUGCCGGUGCGGUUCAUCACGCCAAGGCCGAGGGCCACAUCCCCAGCGACGGCACCGUCAAUGCCGGUGCCGGCUUUUUACGCGGCUCCUGCCAGAAACGUGCCAGGAUACCCAUCGUUCGGUGGACUGUCGGUCAGCUUGUAG